AUGGUGGUCCCUCCAGCCAAGCGUGCCAAGUACGAAAACAUUGCCGGCCUGUCCAACCAGACCGUGGCCACCGCGACCCUCCCCCUCGAGGACGCCGACAUGGACCCGGUUCAGGAGCAGGAGCCAAGUACCGUAGCAGCCGAUGACAGCCCCCUGCCCGUCAGCACCUCGCCCCUCGACUACGAGAACGGCAUCUUUCUCGGACCCAUGGUUCGCAUCGGCACCCUUCCCACCCGCCUACUCUCGCUCGAAUACGGCGCCGAUCUUGUGUGGGGCCCUGAGAUUGUCGACCGCGCCAUUAUGGGCACUCAACGCCGCGUCGAUCCUCGCACCGGCGUGAUCGAGUACCUCAAGGACGACAAACAGGUCUUUUCCUGCCACCCCAUCGAACGACCUUACCUCGUGUUCCAGGUGGGCAGCGCCAACCCCGAGCAGGCGGCGCAGGCGGUCAAGAUCAUUACCGAGCACGACGACGUCGCCGCAGUCGACCUCAAUUGCGGCUGCCCAAAGCCCUUCUCCACUCAUGCCGGUAUGGGCGCCAACCUGCUCUCGACGCCGGAUCUCCUUUGCAACAUCCUCACGGCCAUGCGCCGGGCCGCACCGCCUCAUGUGGCUGUCACCUGCAAGAUCCGCCUGCUGCCGACCCAGGAGGCCACCAUCGCUCUCGUCGACCAGAUCGUCCGGACGGGUGCCAUCGAGUGCCUCACAGUCCACUGUCGGACCAAGGACAUGCGUCCUCGCGAGCCGGCACUGCUAGACCGCCUGCGCGACAUUGUCGACCACGUCAACGCCACCGCCAAGAGCCUCCAUCGCAAGAUCCCCGUCGUCUGCAACGGCGAUUGCUGGGACGCCAGCGUGGCGCCUAGGAUCAAGGAGCUCACCGGCGUCACCUCGACCAUGAUUGCCCGCGGCGCCGAGGCCAACCCGUCGUGCUUCCGAACCGAGGGCAACCUCAGCGUUCCGGACACCAUCGCGCCCAAAUUGAUCCAAUACUCUCUGGCGCUCAACAACCCGAUCGGCAACACCAAAUACUGUCUUGGUCAGCUGGCAUUCAAACCAUCCGAGUCGAUCCCAAAAGAGGUGCAGCUCCAGGGCAAGACCAAGAUGAUGCCCAAGAAGCAGCUUUCGGCCCUCCGCUCCGGUAUCUCCCAGGCCAAGACGCAGGAGGAUCUCGCUAAGGUCUUCAACAUUGACCCGGAACACGUCCGCUCCCAGGACGUAGACGCCAUCAUCCUCAGGGACCUCAAAGAGGCUCUGUCAAAGCGUGCUCGCACAACUUCGGGCGGAUUCGAUGGUCAGCGCGUCGGCGCCGUCGUGGGCAACGCUAACGAGGGCGCGCGUGAUGGCACCGGAUCGAGCGGCGGGCAGGGAGCCGAGGACGGCCACGCCUCGGGCGGAGGCCAGAGCCGGGCGACCGACAACUCGCCGCAGCCCGAGUGGAAGCAGCUGUUGGCCGAAAAGAUCGGAAAACACAUCAAGGACGAAAAAUCGCUCCUCUACUACGCCCUCUCUACUGUCGAGGCGCAGACUUCGGUCCACGAUGCGGCCAAGCCGCACGUCCGCUACGUCGUGCACCGCGGCUUCGUGAACGAGAAGCGCGACGGCGACGCUUCGGGAGGCAUCGCACCGCAGAACCCUAACUUCGGAUCGAGUCCGUGUCUGAUGACGACAACCGACGUGCGCACGCCCAAGGUUCAGCAGCUCAUCUCCCAGAGCGGCAUCCGGGCGCAGGGCACGGAUGGAAGCCAUGGCGGAGAAGGCGAGAUUGCAUGGUGGAUCGAGUCGGCACAGCUGCAGUUUCGCAUUUCCGGCACUCUGCAUGUGUUGCCUACCGAGGGACAUCCGCUUCGCAGCUCGUUUCCCUACGAUCGGCUCACUCCCCCACGGGCGCCCGGGUCGACCUCGACUGAGCCUUUCGAUUGGGACGGCGAACGGAGCCGCAUCUUCAACAAGCUCAAUCCAGGUCUGCUGGCGAGUUUUUGUCGCCCCACGCCUGGAUCGGCGCACCCGAACCUCGAUGCGCUCGACACGGCUAGACCCAAGGAUGACACCAGUUCGCCCUGGCCGCUCGAAUUGCCGCAACCCGGCAAGGAGGAGACCGAGCAGCAGAGACAGCAGCUGCGCGAGAGCGAAAAGAACUUUGCCCUCCUCGUCAUCGAGCCGCGCUCGGUGGACGUUGUCAACCUUGCCGACGAUACGCGGACCAUCUAUGAGCUGAAGCCCGGCCAGAAUGCGGCCACUGGCGAGUGGACCAAGAGGAGGGUCGUGCCCUGA